AUGGAUCGAAUGCAGGCAUUCGGUAAGAACUUUAGCGCAAGCUUCACUCCUUUUGCGCAGCGCACCCAGCAGAUGAUCAAGGAACAGCUGGGUCAUGCCGAGGAUAAGACAGAGCUUCCCCAGGAAUACAUCGACCUUGAGAAGCGCGUCGAUGCGCUCAAGCUGGUCCACCAGAAGCUGCUUCAGGUGACCUCCCAAUAUUCCAACGAGGCCUAUGACUACCCUCCCAACAUCCGCGAGUCCUUCAACGACCUCGGCCGCACCAUCAAUGAGAAGGUCAACCUCCUGUCGCAGGCCAGCUCUCCCGCCGAGGCUCAGGCUGCCCUGACCGCUCCUCCAUCUGCUAAGCCCCAGCCCAAGACUUUCAACCACGCCAUCGCCCGCGCUUCUCUCGCUGGCUCGCAGACCCUCGCGCAGAGCAUGGAUGGCGAGGACCCUCUCGCCAGCGCUCUGGAGAAGUACGCUUUGGCUGAGGAGAAGGUCGGCGAGGCCCGUCUGGCUCAGGACUCCCAGAUUCAGUCCCGUUUCCUGGCUGGCUGGAACACCACCCUUAACACCAACCUUAUGUUCGCCGCUAAGGCUCGCAAGAACGUUGAGAAUGCCCGUUUGACCCUGGACUCUGUCAAGGCCAGCAAGAAGGCUGCUGCUCGCGGUGACCUGGAUAACUUGAGCGAGGAUGCUCGUCAGGAGAUUGACCAGGCCGAGGAUGAGUUUGUGGGUCUGACUGAGGAAGCUGUUAGCGUGAUGAAGAACGUUCUUGAUACCCCCGAGCCCCUGCGCAACCUGGCCGACCUCAUUGCCGCUCAGCUGGAGUUCCACAAGAAGGCUUAUGAGAUUCUCAGCGAGCUUGCCCCGACUGUGGAUGCCCUACAGGUCGAGCAGGAGGCUAGCUACCGCAAGGCGCGUGAAGGCGCUUAA